CCGAAAUCCCUUUGGUCUCUCUCUCUCUAUCCCUUCUCUUCGCUCGCUCCCUCCCUCGCGCGUCUCAAUCAGUUAAAUCUAUACCUUUACAUGGUUGCAGUGACGUAACGGCUCAAUUUGACCCGAAGAAUGUACGGAGGAUCUUCGAAACUCGGCCGCGGCAGGGGUGGAGGAGGCGGCGGCGGUGGUGGUGGACCAAACCGAAACCGCAAUUCGUUCCCGCCUCCUACCAACCGACAACCUUCCCCCGUCGGGAGGAUGUCCUCCGCUGGCGGUGGCUCUUCCGCCGCGUCGCGACAGAGGAAUACCACCGGCGCGAAGGCGGCCGCGGCGGCUUCGUCUUCUCGUACGGUUGAGGAAACGUUUAGCCUUGUUCCGAGGGAGAGUCCUCCGGCUUUUGGGAUGAUAAUAAGGUUAACUCCUGACUUGGUGGAUGAGAUCAAGCGUGUGGAGGCUGAAGGUGGAGCCGCUAAGAUCAAGUUCGAUCCGUUUCCUAAUAAUAGCACUGGGAAUAUCAUUAAUGUUGGUGGAAAGGAGUUCAAAUUUACUUGGUCAGGGGAGCGUGGUGAUUUAUGUGAUAUAUAUGAGGAACACCAAAGUGGUGAAGAUGGAGAUGGUGUGCUUAUUGAGGCUGGAUCUGCUUGGAGAAAAGUGAACGUCCAACGAACUCUAGAUGAGUCAACCACAAGCCAGAUGAAGAAGCUCUCAGUUGAAGCUGAACAGAGAACCAAAUCGCGCAAGGCUAUUGUUCUAGAUCCUGGGAAUCCAUCAUUGAAGAAGCAGUUAGCUCGUGCUGAAGCAAGUCCAUGGAGAAUGUCAAAUAACCAGAAGAAAGAACCUCCGCCUAAGAAGCGGAAAGUUGAUCCACCUCCAGUUCCAAUGGGUGGUCCAAAGCCUUCUUUCAGACCAGGGGCUUCAACCACUUCUAUGAAAAAUAGGCUAUCAGCUUCACCGGGACCGUCUCCUUCUAAUCAAUACAAUACUCCUUCAUCCUACGGGACUGGGAAUAUUGCUAAAACUAAUGCAGAUAACGAGAAUGUCACACCAGUCAGGGCAAAGGUCAGAGAAAGCAUGGUUGCUAGCGAGAAAGAUUUAUCAACUUGGGAAAGUAAUGCUUUAAGGGACACAUCUGGGCGUCAAGAGACCAAUGUUAAUGAAGAAAUUGACUUGCAGGCACUGCUAGCUGAUCUCCUAAAAGAGACUCCAAUGAGCUUGACGGCAUUAGAGAAAGCUGUUGGAGAUAGAACCCCUAAUGCGGCAAAGAAGAUUGAGCCAAUCUUGAAAAAAAUUGCAAAUUUCCGAGCUCCAAAGUAUUUCUUAAAACCAGACGCAGAUUUGGAAAGAUAUAAAAAGCAUUCAGUUGGUAGCAGAAGCUCACCUGAACACGAGCAACUGCUUCCAGUCACUGAGUGCAGUCGCGACCAGUUACCUGUUCCAGGGGUUAGCAACAUGGAGACCGUUUCUGCAAGCGAGCGGAAAGGAGAAGGUUCACAAGACUGUUUACCUGUGCAUCUGGGAGAGUGUCUAAGUACGCAAGAAAAUAUUGACAUUGAGCAUCAUUCACCUGGUAUUCUUAAUGAGGAAAAGAGAUCUGAGAAUAGAAAUGGCCAGGUUACUAGCUCUAGUAGCGACAGUGAUAGUGAUAAUAGUGACAGCGGGAGUGAUAGCGGGAGCAGCAGUGAUAGCGGGGCUUCUUCUAACAGCAAGGAAGUUUCUGAUGAGGAUGGUGAAAAAGAUGCUGUCGACAUCGAUGGUCAUGAUUCUGAUCCAGUUGACAUCGAUGGUCAUGAUUCAGAUCCAGUUGACAUCGAUGGUCAUGAUUCGGAUCCAGUUGACAUCGAUGGUCACAGUUCAGAUGAGGGUCAUGGUUCUGAAGCUGACAGGAAGAUUGAAGAAGUUGGCAUUUCAGGGCAGGAACAAUUACCUUCUGGUCAUGAUAAGCUACGAGAGCGCCAAGAUUUUAUCGGGCAGUUGUUUGAUGAUACAGAUAAUACAACGAAGGAUAGCUUAAAAAGUGACCAGCCUGGCAUCUCUGAGAGGCUAGCCAGAGACCAGAAGCAAAUGGCCCCUGAUUUGGAGCACUACAGUCAGCAAUCAGCACGGGUGAAAAACAUAAAAUCCCAGCAAUUACCUGCCACAGAUAAAGAUUCACAGCCUCCAGAGCGCAAGUAUGAUAUAGAUCAUCUCAACACUUCUGCCAGUCAAAUGAGAGAUCCAUUUAAAGGACUUCAGAAGACAUCUACUGAAAAGUUGAGCAGGCCUGGUCAAAUGAAGGGUGAUAGUUCAGGUAAAUCAAACAAACAUUCUGAUGCCUUGGGUAAUGUUCGUAAAUCUGACGAAGAUGGCCAUUUUCCGCAUGACACCCUUCCUAGUCGGUCAGGAAAGGCCUUCAGAGACAAUCAUAGGGAUGAUGUUCAUUUGAAAAAUAAGUUUGCAAGGAAUAAAAAAGAUGGUGAGUCAUCCAUUCGUCCCUCAUUACCGUCUGACAAAGCCAACAGAAAACACGGUGAACUGGAUGGAAGUGAGAAGGAUUUCAAGAAUGUGGCAGGGUUGGGCAUUGGUUCAUCUCCAUUGGAUAGCCAGAGAGCAAAAUUACCUAAGGGAAAUGGAUCUACGCUCCAAAAACAAGUUUCGGACUUGGAGUUGGGUGAACUCCCUGAGUCAUUGGGGGUAGAUACAUCACUGAAUCAACUCGAAGAGAAAACUUCUUUUAGGCAGUCAAAUUUAAAACCAAGCACUUCAGAAAACUUGGGUAUUGACUCAGAUAAAGGAAGGUCUAAAAAAUCUGUCUCAAAAAAGCCAGCUCUUACACAUGCCGGCAAUGGUUCAAAAGAAUCUCCCCAACACGUUGUUGAAGAUUCGGAAAGAUCCCAAAAGUUUGCUUUGCAGCCACAAGGGCAGAACCUAACAGGUACAGACACUGAAAACGGCUCACAUAACAAGAAUUUAGAGGAUACAGCUUAUAAACCAAGACAGAGAGAUAGUAGAGCAAGAGUAGGAAGUAGUGUGGAAGGUUAUGGAGAGACGAACAAAAAAACGCCCGUUAUAAAGCAGGGCUCCAAACGACCAUCCACAUCCCGCUCAUCAAGGGAGAGCAAAAGACACAAAAAUGCAAGUUCUAUGAAUGGGCACAAAGAUGCAACUUUUGAUGAAGAAGACUCUUCUUAUUUGAAAUACGAGAAAGCCUCUCCUGACCAUAAGGGACCUAUUAGGGAUCAUUUGCAGUAUAAAGCAUAUAUGCAGGAAUAUUUGGAUAAAUAUGAUGAUUACUCAUCCAUUAAUAAGAUAUUAGAGAGCUACAGAAAUGACUUUCAAAAGUUGGGGGAAGACCUUAAGGUUGCAAAAGGAAGGGACAUGGUGAGAUAUAACAAAAUUGUGGAGGACUUGAACGAAUCAUAUCGCAAAUAUGGGGAGAGGCACAAACGUUUGAAGAAAGUGUUUAUUGUUCUCCAUGAAGAACUGAAGCAACUGAAAGAAAGAAUGAAAGACUAUGCAUCAUCUCACGGGAAAGAUUGAUGUAAACUGGAACCAAAAAUCUCUAGAAAAGAUGGACCUCAUAUACUCGGAGGUGAAAAGAGGAGGGUUGAUAUUCAUUUCUCCUUUGGAAUCGAGUCAUCUUGUUGAUGAAAGAUUAGCUGUUUUUUUUUUCUUGUGAAAUUAGAAAUGAUUCGUAGGCCCAGUUUUGUGUGAGUUGGUUCUUAAGGAGACCUUUCGUAGAUUUUCUAUGGCUUAUUUUGGUUGCUGAUCUUUGAACCAUUCGGUGACCAAUAUGUACAUGAUUUCAAAAGCAAUAUAAGACUCUUCUGGC